AUGUAUGUGAAUGAAUGUGUGAGUGUAUGUGAACGGAGUUUGGAAUCGGUAGGGCGGUGUUACUUGUUACAAAAAUUUCUCUUAGUUGGCGUUGGUGCUCGCUUUCAAUGUAUCUGGUUGUUACCAGAAACAGUGCGCUGUGUUUAUUUUCGUUAUUGUAAUGUGGUAAUGAUUGGGAUGAAGAAUGGGUUCACGACUUUAGAUGUCUUUGCGGCAGUUCAUGAUUUGAAGAAGCUUGUUGGCCAUCGUGUCGCCAACGUUUAUGAUGUGAAUCCUAAAACAUAUCUUAUUCGAAUUCAGAAUGCGGAUGAUAAAUGCUUCAUUAUGUUCGAGUCCGGAUGCAAGAUUUACAAGACUACGUUCGAUUGGCGUAAGGCUCAAUUUCCUUCAUCAUUUAGUAUGAAACUUCGAAAACAUAUUAGACAGAAACGACUGCAAAGUGUUAAUCAGUUGGGCAUCGAUCGGAUUGUUGAUAUGCAGUUUGGUUCAUGUGAACAAGCUUGUCAUGUGAUUGUGGAACUUUAUGAUAGAGGCAAUGUCUUAUUAACGGACCACAAUUAUAUUAUUCUUAAUGCUCUACGUCCAAGGACUGCCAAAGAACUCGAUUUGCGUUUCAUUGUUCAUGAGAAGUAUCCUUUGGAAGCUGCGCGACAAGUCGCUAGUUGCUUAACUAAAGAUGAACUGAUUAUGAGAUUAAAUAACGCCAAAGAAGGUGACUCGCUUAAGCGAUUUUUUGCCCCAUUAACUCAGUACGGUUCAGCUUUAAUUGAACAUUCGUUGAAGGCAGUUGGUAUUUCUAAAGAUGCCAAGAUUGGUAUUAGUAUCAGUAAAGAGGAAGCUGAUAUUUCAAAGCUACUAAAUGCGCUUCAGCUAGCUCAAGAAAUUUUUAAUAAUGUCCGACAAAAUCCUACUCCGGGAUUUCUAAUGUAUAAGGAAGAUGUAAAAACUGAUGGCACAAUUGUUGAAACAUAUCAGGAAUAUCAUCCAUUCAAAUUUUCACAGUUCAACGAGAGGCAAAUCAAGCAAUUUAGUUCCUUUUCGGAAUGUGUUGACGAGUUUUUUUCCAAACUGGAAUCACAGAAAGCUGAUUUAAAAGCGUUGAAUGUCGAGAAGGAAGCGAUGAAGAAGCUCAACAAUGUUAUCAAAGAUCAACAGGAACGAAUAGCUGCUUUGGAAUUAGCACAAGUUGAAAGAGAACAAAUGGCUGAAUUGAUUGAACUGAAUACAGCUUUAGUAGAUAAAGCCUUACUGGUUAUUCGAUCGGCUAUUGCUAAUCAGUUAAGCUGGGAAGCUAUCGAAGAAAUGCGAGUGAAAGCUUGUAACGCAGGUGAUCCAAUCGCUGCUUCCAUUGUCGGUUUAAAUCUAAAUUCAAAUGAAAUGGUGUUACUGCUUAAAGAUCCUUAUCAACCGGAAACCGUUCCUAAAAAAGUGACCAUCAAUAUUGCUCUGUCAUCUCAUCAAAAUGCUAGGAAGUUGCAUACUGAAAAAAAAGCAGCCCAGGAAAAACAGCAGAAAACAAUAUCUGCUUCAUCAAAAGCACUGAAGUCAGCUCAGAUAAAAACAAAGCAAACAUUGGAGGCGGUUCGGACAAAAAGUGAAGUUAUGAAGAAGCGACGCGUUAUGUGGUUUGAAAAAUUUCUGUGGUUUGUGAGUUCUGAAAAUUAUUUGGUGAUUGGUGGACGAGAUGCGCAUCAAAACGAACUCCUUGUGAAGAAAUAUCUUCGACCAGGUGAUAUUUAUGUUCACGCAGAUGUGUGGGGAGCUUCAUCUAUUGUCAUUCGCAACAAACUUGGUGGAGGCGAUAUACCUGUGCGAACUCUUAAUGAAGCUGCUACCAUGGCUGUUUGUUACUCGUCUGCCUGGGAAGCCAAAAUUACAGCUUCAUCGUGGUGGGUUCAUGAGCAUCAGGUUUCAAGAACAGCACCUACUGGUGAAUAUUUAACACCGGGCAGUUUUAUGAUACGUGGUAAAAAAAAUUAUUUGCCGACCUGUCAGUUGCAAAUGGGAUUUGGUGUAAUGUUCAAAUUGGACGAAGAUUCGCUAGAAAGACACAAAGAAGAACGAAAAAUUGCCUCCAUAUUACUUCCUGAAAAUGAUACUAGAAAGGAAAGCGAUGCCGAAAAUGACAUUUCCAUAAAUAAUAGCGAAGAUGAGAAAGAGGAGGAUUAUCCAGAUAUUCAGGUUAACUUGAAAGGUAUUAUGCGUGAAGUGAAAGGCGCUGAAGAUGAAAGCUAUACCAUUGUCCAAGUUGGUCCAUCAGUGCAAAAAAAGCAUACUUCGCAACAAGCUGGUAAUACCCAGGGAAAUGUUGAAGUUACUGAAGCACAGAGAGCAAAAGAAAGUAAGAAGAUACGUCCGAUGAAUAGACGUCAAAAACAUAAGAUAGAAAAAAUCAAGAAAAAGUAUGGUGAUCAGGAUGAGGAGGAGCGACAAUUAAGAAUAAUGUUGCUAGGAUCAAAACCGAAAGAUACCGAUAAAGUGGAAAAAAAAACUUCAUCUAACAAACCUACAGAGAGUAUGGAUAGUAGUAAUGUUUUGCUGAAGAAUACGAAUGGUCAUGUAUCUGAAGAAAAUAAGAUCGAUAAUUAUGCGAAGAAAAGUAAACGUUUAGCAGAACUCCUAGAGUUUUCUAAUUUUCCGGACGAAGAGGAUGAAAUGUUGGAAACCGAUGUAGCUUUAAUGGAUGCUGAGGAAACAAAGAUGCUGAACUCAUUAACGUGGAAACCGUUGGAAGAGGAUGUUAUUCUGUUUGCAGUAGUAGUAGUGGCGCCCUAUCAGACUAUGCUGAAUUUCAAGUACAAAGUAAAAUUAACUCCAGGAACUGGGAAAAAAGGGAAAGCAGCAAAAUGCGCCAUAGCGUUGUUCCAGCGUGACAAAUUCGCUAGUUCACAAGAACUGGAUUUACUUAAAGUACUGGCAAGUGAUGAUCAGAUUUCGCGAAAUAUACCUGGGAAAAUGGAUGCAGAAAUAAAGGAUGAUGAUAACGUAUCCCAAGCACCUUCGUCAAAACGUUAUCGACGUGAUGACAAUGUCGAUCCGACUAAUCCAGAUCCGUCGAUCGUUGUGCAUGUGCGGAAUUUGAGUCCUAAAGCUACCGAAGCUGAUUUAUUAGAAGCGCUGUCUCAUUUUGGACCAAUAUCUUAUGCUACAUGCAUGCCAGGCAAACGGAUGGCACUGGUGGAGUUUGAGGAAGUAGAGGGAGCUCGUUCAUGUGUCGUUUAUGCUCAGACUAAUCAGAUCUAUGUUGCUGGACAAGCAGCAUUGUUUAAUUAUUCUACAUCAAAAGUAAUACAGCGAUUAGGUCUUGAAUCGGAAACGCCUAAUCAUGUUCUCAUUUUAACCAUUUAUAAUGCGCAGUACCCUGUUAACGUUGAUGUCAUCCACCAGAUUUGUGAGCCACAUGGCUUCGUCAAACGUAUUGCAAUGAUACGACGCACGAUGUUGCAAGCAUUAGUAGAAUUUGAAAGCACCGAAAUCGCAAAAAAGGCGAAGCAUGCAAUGAAUGGGGCUGAUAUUUACUCUGGAUGCUGUACUCUUAAAGUUGAAUUUGCAAAGCCAGAGCAUGUCAAAGUAACGCGGAAUGACAUGGAUCAGUGGGAUUAUACGAAGGUGCCACAAUCAGUACAGUUAUCAUUCGCAUCUUUCACUGUUCGUCGUAAUUCGCACAACUAUAGUAAAAGAAAAAAAAAAGGAAUAACAAGUAUACGGAAGAACCUCGAAAGACGUGGCUAUAGUGGAAGAGGUCGUGGUGGACCACCUAAUGACUACAGUUAUCAUGAGGACCGUUAUGGAGGUAGUUACGGAAGGGGUCGUGGUAGCUAUGAUGACUAUGAAGCAGGGUAUUCAAGAAGUGAAGGGUACGUGAGAGGAGAUGGUUAUUCUCGCGGAGAUGUAUAUUAUGGAAACAGAGGAAGUGGUCGAGGUGGGUUUGGUCGUGGAGAUAGUGGCUAUGGUCGAGGAAGUUACGCACGUGGAAGAGGAAACGGUAGUGGCCAUUAUGAUGAUGAUCGGGAUUAUUACAAUGGCGAUGGUCCCGUGAUGAUGAUUUAUGGCAUUGAUCAGGAUAAUUUCAACUGCGAUAAACUAUUUAAUUUGUUAUGCCUUUAUGGUAAUUGUGAGAAGAUUAAAUUCAUGAAAUCAAAAACAGAUACAGCAAUGGCUCAAAUGGGAAAUGUACGUCAAGUCUAUACAGCUAUUGAUAAUCUUCACGGAACCGUAAUUUUUGGCAACAAACUUGCUCUGCGACCUUCGAAACAGCAAGUUUUGCAUGAAAUACGUGAUCCAUUCAUAUUACCAGAUGGAACACCCUCAUACAGGGAUUUUAACAACAGUCGUAAUCAACGUUAUACAACACCUGAAUUAGCUGGGAGGAAUCGAAUUGUGAAACCAACGCAUGUGUUACACUGGUAUAAUGCUCCUGUAACGAUGACAGAAGAUAAAUUGAAAGAGCUCUUUGUGGACAAGGGAGCAGUUGAACCAGAUAAGAUAAUCAUUUUUCCACAACGUUCGGAACGCAGUUCGGCAGGAAUAUGCGAGUUUACUAGUACUGAACGAGCGACAGAAGCACUGAUGUUAGCUAAUCAUACACCUGUGGACAGUCCUGUUGGGAAAGCACCAUAUAUUGUGAAGCUAGCAUUCGCAGGCGGUCGUGAUGGUAAAGACUUCCGAAUAUGA